AUGAGCGUGCCCGGUGAUUUACCCGCUGAGCCCGAAGCUAAAGAUAUCGCAGUUAACAAGCUGCAGGUACUGGUGCUGGUGUUGGUGCUGGUGCUGGUGCCGGUGCAGGUGACGGUUUCGGUGCCGGUAUUGUUUGCAUAUCUGCUCUCUGUGAUGGCGAUGGCCAGUUUGGGCAGAGUUUUCAUUUGCGGCACAUCAGGCUCGCACACACUCUCGCGUUUUGUGUUGCUGAUCGGAAAUGCCUACGCAGCUACGCAAUCUGCUCUCAACUGCUGGCUCAUUGCCACUCUCCUGCUGGCAAUAGCAGCGAGCUUACAAUCGAGCGCUGCCGCCGCUCCUGCUCCGCGCCGGCUGAGUGGCCGCCACUUAAUAUUGCCACAUCGCCAUCACGUGCAUCACCGUUCGGCGGAGGACGAGGUGGAGCUGCCUAUUGUUGUGUCUGCGAUACAAAGAGAGCAACAACAAAAGCAACAAAAGCAACAACAGCACCAUUUGAAACAGGAGCACCAUCGGUGGUCCAAGCUGUGCAACGACAGCAUGGCGAGCGCACACAACGAGGUGCUCGAGAACCUUGAGGUGGCCAUAGAGGCAUGCAAACUGACAAAAUGGCAAAUGGAGGCUACCUUCAAGCAAUGGCUAUCGAAAUAUUAUCAUCUUGACGAGGAGGGCAUGGCUGUCGAGUAUUUAUAUCAUAACCUAAGCCUCUCCCAUCCACUGAGAGAAGACAUUGAGCUGAAUGACAACGAUGUAUUGGCCGAGCGCACGAGCACGCUGGAGGUUGAAAUGCCACGUAUUUUGACCACCCUCUCCAUUAUGUACGAUGUGCUGGAGGAGCUCAAGUACAAGGAAAGAAACGACACCAAAAUGCUGAAGGACAACGAGACGAACAGCACCAUGGCCCUCUUUCAGGAGAAGAUACAACACAAUCGGGACGUGGCCGAGAAGUUUGGCGUGUGCAUACAGCAAUAUCAGAUCAAUUAUAACAGCUAUCAUGCGGCCCUGGAGUACGCCGUUAUGCUGGAGGCGCUCAAGGUGAUGCGCAUCCUGAAGACCAAGUACGAUCGCCUGCUCAGCAUCGAGAAGGAGCGAGCACGCUCAAUGGGCGGCGAGCACGAACAGCGAGCCUCUACAUCCCGCUUGCACGCCCAUGGGCAUGGUCAUGGUCAUGGCCAUGGUCAUGGACACACUCGCACCCACUAGAGGCCCACGCCGCGCAACUACACAGUAAUGUUCAAAAUAAAAGGCCAAAAACAAAACGAAUUGAUAUCGCCCUAUCAUGCUAUCACCAUGCCAACCAGGCACAUUUUUUUGUUUUUUUUUUUGUAGUCAUCUAACUUCACAUCAUACCUAUGAAUAGUAUAGUUUGUACUUGUAGUAAUUGUUGUAGCUCUAAUUACCUACGCCUACGUAUACGCAUUAUUUCUAUCAUUACAUUUAAAUGAAUCUUAACUUAGUUGCAUGAUAUACUAUUUAUUAAUAUAAAUUAUUGACAUCGAGUUUCACGCAUACAUAUAUACAUUUAUAUACACGUAUAGUGUAUAUAUAUAUACAUAUAUAUAUUUAUAUCCACAAUACU